AUGUGGCUUCUGAUCCUUGUUGCAUUAGGUUUGGUCUACCUCUUCAGGUGGAACCAAAGACGUUUGAUUCUAUCCAAUCUCCUAGAUAAAUAUGUACUGAUCACAGGAUGUGACUCUGGAUUUGGAAACUUAGCAGCUAAACAGCUGGACAAACGUGGCAUGCAUGUACUUGCAGCUUGUCUUACACAGAAGGGAGCUGAAAACCUGAAGGAGACAUCUAGUAGGCUGCAGACUGUGAUCCUUGAUGUUACUGACAGCCAGAGUGUCAAUGCUGCCACUGCAUGGGUCACUUCCAUUGUAGGAAACAAAGGUCUCUGGGGUGUAGUGAAUAAUGCUGGUAUUUCUGUGCCAACUGCCCCAAAUGAAUGGAUGACUAAAGAAGAGUUUUGUAAAAUCCUGAACGUGAAUCUCUUGGGUGUUAUUGAUGUCACUCUUAAGAUGCUGCCUUUAAUUCGAAAAGCUCGUGGGCGUGUAGUGAACGUUGCAAGCAUUGCGGGUAGAUUAACAAUCUGUGGAGGGGGAUACUGCAUAUCUAAAUAUGGGGUGGAGUCAUUUUCUGAUAGCCUCCGCCGCGAGAUGAAGCCAUUUGGGGUGAAGAUUUGUAUUAUAGAACCUGGUUUCUUUGCAACCCAUGUAACAGAUGCUAAGUGUAUGAAAGAAAGCAUUAAUAAACUCUGGGCUCGAGUACCAGAAGAAAUCCGCAGGAGCUAUGGACAACAAUACUUUGAAGAAUAUUGUAAAAUGAUUGACAUGCAUUUGUCAAUGUCCAGCAAAAAGUUGUCGCUGGUGUCAGAUGCCAUGGAGCACGCCCUGACUGCUGUCCACCCCAAGACCCGUUAUUCUGCUGGAUGGGAUGCCAAACUCCUAUACAUUCCUCUCUCUUACUUCCCCACUGUAAUCACUGAUUUUCUCAUUGUUAGUUUAUUUCCUAAGCUAUUAAAGAUUGCCUAAGAAUAUUUUCCUUCUCAGUAAUAAAUUACAUAAUUAAUGUAUCCAAACAUUACAUUAUAAACAUGUCCAUAUAUACCGGUGUAUCUGUUUUCAUCUUAUUGUACUACAAAAUAACACCUCUAUACAUAAUCUUCUGAGUAAUUUGAAGUUUUAGGACAUUUUAAGGUAGUCAUCCCUUAUCCACAGGAUAGAGAACAACAAGCUGAU